UUAAAAACGCCAUAACAGCAACUUCAUGCAUGCUCCCAGAAAUACUUCUAUACUCACCUGCACAACUCGAGACUAGAUUUCUGGAAGUGUUUGAGACAGGAUUUUUUCUUUGUCUUCUUUUCUAAAGAUUUUUCCUAACACAUUCAAGAGUAGAUAAUUGUGAUUAGUGCUUAAACUUUGCCAGAGAAACAAGGAACUAUGGCAGCACUAGGUCUUGAGAUACUGGGAAUAACCCUCUCGGCUCUCGGCUGGAUUCUCAGCAUUGUGUGCUGUGCCCUUCCCAUGUGGAGAGUGACUGCAUUCAUUGGAAUCAACAUCAUCACAGCUCAGGUUUUCUGGGAGGGCAUCUGGAUGAGCUGUGUGGUGCAGAGCACUGGACAGAUGCAAUGUAAGGUCUACGACUCCAUGCUGGCUCUCCCUCAGGACCUGCAGGCAGCUCGAGCUCUUACAGUAGUUGCUAUUGUCCUAGGUGUCCUUGCACUUCUAGUCUCAAUUGUGGGUGCCAAGUGUACCAACUGCAUUGAGGAUGAGGCGAACAAAGCCCGUGUGAUGAUUGCUUCUGGCGUUGCCUUCAUCACUGCUGCGAUCACCCAACUUAUUCCGGUCUCCUGGUCAGCCAACUCUGUAGUUUUGGAAUUCUACAGUCCAGUUGUGCCAGAGUCUCAGAAGAUGGAGAUUGGAGCCUCCCUGUACCUGGGCUGGGCUGCUGCGGCCAUGCUCCUGGUAGGAGGCUCCAUUUUGUGCUGCAGUUGUCCACCUAAAGAAAGGGAAAUGAAGUACGCUCCCCCAAAUCGUAUGACUUAUUCCACCAACCGUUCAGUGGCUCCUAGCUCAUACAACAGGAAAGAUUAUGUUUGAGGACAUCACAGCUGCAUUUUAACAAUAUUCAGGAUACUUUGCUGUCUUGGGUGAAACGGCUACGUGAGUUAAAGAGACCCAACUUGGAAAUAUUUUACCUGGAGUGUAGUUAUUAUGUGAGUUCUUGUAGGCCAAACAUUCUAACAGCACAGCCAUCGUGAAUGACUCGAAAAUAAGCAAUUAUUUCUAUUUUUAUGGCAUUCUUUUUAUAUAGUAUUAUUUUGAAUGUUAAUAUUCAUACUGCUUAAGAUACUGCCUUAGCAAAUAACUCUGUAUAAAAUAAGAAACAUAGUACAUGAGUGGUAGAAUUAAGCUUAGCAUUUUUAAAUCUGUUCACUCACAUGUUUAAUGUUUCAAACUGAAGGCAUACAAGAAGUUUUGAUUAGUUAGUUUUGUUGGACUUGCUUGAUCAGGCACUUGUCAUUACCACUGUGAUCUAAUGUAAAAAUGGAUGUCUUCUAAUACGUUAAAUGUCAUUAUUCAUUUAUAAAAUUAUUUAAUUUGCAAUCAAGCAAAUAUAAUUUAGCAUAUUCUAGAAGUUUUAAUCUUGAUUAAAUCAUAAUAAUUUUCCAUAUUUAAAAUGUAUAUCAUGCAAACAGGUUUACCAGCUUGUUUGGUAGUCAAUUACAGUAAAUGUAUUUUCUAUACUUAUGCAUGUUUUGAUUCAUAAAUGGCCAGUUGCCAACAGCGUUGUUCCAAAACUUAAAAUUUUUAUAAAAUGAAAUUUGUGUCAAAUUUGUAAAAUACAGUAUGUAAAAGAAAAGACUAAAUGUUUAUGGUGUUCUUAGGCACCUGUUAACCUACGCCUCUAAACUAGUCUAUAGUAAUGUAAACAAACACUGAUGUUUGAAAACAUUAUACCGCAUCAAGAAUUUUCAAAUAGCUAUAUUUAUUAACUAUUUCCAACUAUUGAUUAUGUUUAAAAAAAUCACUGCUUGCCUGAAUAAUAGUUAGAUGUUCCACAGCACUACUGGAACAAUGUUGAACAUAUAAGGCAAAAAUAUUUUUAGUAAAUAUCUCUGUAUUGGUAUUAACACCAAAAUCUCAUCACAGCUAUGAUGUAUAGUUGAGUAAUACACCAUAAUGGUGUGGGGCUGCUUGGUUGUACAGGGCCUGGACAUUGUUCAAUAAUUUUGGGACUAAUAUAUUCCAAGUUGCACCUGUGUGUGAUUUAAAUCUCAAAAUAAAAAAUGUAACAUGGUACGUAAUGUUGAACA